GAAUUUCGAUAUGUUUAUAACUAUUAAGCCGGAAAACAUACUUUGUAUUUUUGUAUUAAAUUAAUUAUUGUGAUAUCUUGUGUAUUUAAUAAUAACGUAAUAUAUUGUUGCAGUGUUAUUUAUUAAUUAUAAAAUUAAUUAUUAAAAGCAACAUUAUUAAUGUUAAAAGCUACGAAUCGUGAUAAGAUAUUUUCUAUUUACGUGUUGAAUACGAAUCAUAACCUUAAAAAAACUAAUUAUUUAAUAUCAGUUCACGUGGUAAUUAAAUAAGUAAUUAUUUUUUAAACAAAUUUUAAUUAUUUUAAUCAUUUAAACUCAAAUCAUUUAUAAUGGGUGAAAGAGGGCAUUUUUUUCGUUCUCUGAUAUAUCGUGUUUUUAGUAAUUGGACAGCAUUAAAAUUAGCAGUUGAAAAUGAUAUGGGAACCACAGCAGAGGUCCAUCAAUUUUGUCAAUACGUUGCAAAUAUUUUGACUGAGACCGAGAAUUUGUGUAAAAGUGAAGUUGAAUGUAUACUAGAAGAUUACAUGGAAGAUGUAUUUAAUACCGAACUUCAAGAUUUCAGUAGCCAGCAAAUAGCCGAUGAAUUGUAUACAUUUUAUUUUAACUACAAAGUAGGCAAUGUAACGCAGGCCGAGUCAGAGCUUCAAAAAUUACCACCGGUACAACCGUGGGUUUUACAACCAAAUUUACUUACCCAAAUUAAUAAGAAACUUACUAAGAUUGAAAUUAGAAGUGAUUCUUCUGAAAGCGAUGAAAAAGAAGAAAGUAUGGAGACUGAAUUUUCUGGAUGGACAGUAGUUAAGUCAGGGAGAAAAAAAUAAUCUUUAAUGAUUCGCUGAUAUUUGCACAUUAUAAAUUUUUAUUUUAAAAAAAGAAAGAAAGACAUUUAUACUAUUAUACUCUUAAUAUUCUUCUUGCAUCGAAGUUACAGAUAGUCAAUUUCUUAUUUAUUCAGUCUUUGCAGUAGUUGAAAUACUUAAUUUUCUCGUCCACCUCCUGCAUCUGUAAACAAAAUUAAUGCAAGUUAACAAAAUGGU